CGGCACUGCAUCAGUCGACCUGCGCACGUUGCUGGGUUCGCUCCGCAGUCUGUGCCCCUCAGACGGAGACUAUGAAGCCGUUUACAGUGAAGCUCCUGAUGGGAGCUCUCCUGGUGGGUCUGGCCAGCUCCAGUCUGCCUCACUCGGCCAGUUCAGAACCGGUUACCGGGACCGUGGCCGGCUCAUCAGGUGACGGCAGAUCGCCAGACGCCGCCAACUGCGGUAUGCUCGGCCUGCCGUGUGGGAGUGACGCCGACUGCGCGCGCCUGGGCCUGUCGGCGGCCGCUGCCUGUAACCCUGUCGGCGUGUGCUCCUGUCGGCGCGGCUUUCGACAGGUGUCGGACACAGAGUGUCGGCCGCUCGCCGCGCUGGGCGACUGGUGCCGGGAGGACGCCGAUUGUAAGACUCUGACAUCUCAUGGAGUUUGCCAAGACUACGUUUGCUCGUGUGCCGACGGAUUCUGGAACUUCAACAACACAGAGUGCCGGCCCGUCGGAGCCGUGUACCUGCACAAUGCGUGUGUGGGUGACCAGGACUGCUCGUCCGGAGGCCGCUGUGUCUCGGGGACCUGUCAGUGUCCCAUCGUCAGACUCGGAUACAUCGAGUACCGGCUGGUCGGAGGCGGCUCGUGCAGCGAUGGUUGGGUGGAACUCCGCCGCGGUGGACCCGAUAACAAAUGGGAGCACGUCUGUCCCGGUAACUGGGACUCCACGGACGCCAAGGUCGUCUGCAAGAGUCUCGGCUACGGGUCGUCCGGAAGGAGCCUGCGGUUGUCAUACUACGGCGCCGGCAAACCCAACAUCGCCGUGCAGGAGGUGCUGUGCACCGGCAGCGAACCCCACCUGCUGGCCUGCAAACACCGCGUCAACGUGCAGUGCAGCGGAAACGAGGUGGCCGGCGUCGUGUGCGAGCCCUAGCUGACGAUCGAGCUGAAUGUGAUAAGACACCGUGUGUGCCCGAUGUGCACCUCCUGCCCUUUCGAGAAGAGCUGGUGCACCCGCACGUGCGGCGUGCACGUAAUCUAUUUCUAAUCAAUCUGUCAAGCCCGAUCGAUGCCUUUGAAUGCUCAAACGUGUAUCCAUUUAUGCGAUACAAUGUAACUGAAAACGCGCACGAUGUUGGCUGUUUUUAAAGAUAAUAAAUUCGUUAUUUUGUUGCUGUUGAAUAAUCUGAUCGCCCAGGUGAGGUGCAUGAUAGUAGGUAUAGUAUUCAUAAGCAUUUUCUUUGCAACUAAAUAAUGUGACACGCCGUACUUUCUUUCGAACCGAGUUUCAUGUAACACGCUGUCCUAUCUCCGAGCCGUGUGGGCCGAUCGAUUCCAAUCGACGCGCUUCGCUGCUCCCUAUAAAAGCAGCAGCGACGCGGACGCGGGGACACUACGCAUUCGUUCACUCACGCUGGAGGACUGUCAGUCAUUCGCGGUGUGUGAUCGCUCGGUGUGAGAAUCGCCGUCGAUACCGGGCUGACUGGUCAGCUUCUUGACCCCCCCUGCGACCGACAACUAUCAUGUAAGUCCGGCAGCGCGUCGCCGGUCAUUCGGCGGCAUUAGAUUCUCCAGCCUAUCGAAUGCUUUAUUUUUGGCCCACUAACAUAAAAUCUGAAUCUGUCAAUUGAUUCAAAUAUCUCGGUAAAUGGUCACUUACUCGUGGAGUUCAGACUUCUGCAUCAUUUUUGUGUGCGUACUGUUAACGUCGUUAUAAAGAGUUGUGCAAAUCUCGUACCCACUAUAACGCCUCCGCUUGCUCUGAAGUUAGUUUAUGUCUGUGUGCAUUCACGUGUGUAUGACGCGGAUUGUGCAUGUCAAAUAUGUCGUGCUCCAACUGCCACCCCUACUCCCUCCUCCUGAAAUUAGCACGUAACAUACAAUAUAACCCACUGACGAAA